CCAACAAUUUAGGGUUCAUUUCUCAUUCCCAAUUUCCCAUUCGUUCAUUGUUGUUGUUGCUGAAUAGCGAUCGAAGAAGAACGUAGAAGAAGAAAAUGGGGAAAAAUAUUGUGCCAGUGAAAUCGGUGGUGUACGCGCUCUCUCCAUUCCAGCAGAAGAUCAUGUCCGGUCUCUGGAAGGAUCUUCCCUCCAAGAUUCACCACAAGGUCUCCGAGAAUUGGAUCAGCACCAUCCUCUUGGUUGGUCCUGUUGUCGGCACCUACGCGUAUGCUCAGAACUACAAGGAAAAUGAGAAGUUGUCUCACAGGUACUGAGCGCAUGUGAGAAUAGGUUGGAUAAUCUCCAAGUUUGUUGCCUUAAUCUUGUUUAGCCAGCAAAUAAUGUGAUGUUGAAACUGGCUCUUGCCCUUUGGUUUUGAGAUAUCUAUGAGCUUGAGUCUUUUCAACUUGGACUGAUUUUGUUGAUAGUUUGUCUUCAUUUUACAUACCUAUAUAUUUCUUACAAGACAAUUGAUGUCUUGUUAAUACUGAAGUGCCGAAAUGAGUUUUCAUGUUAAA